UUACAAAGUAAAUAUUUACAUUUAAAACCCAUAGUUCGUUUAAUUAAAUAAUGUUUCCUAUUAGCCAGGCCAUUGCCGAGCUGAUGCGCGAGAUCGAAGGCCAGGACUCCAGUUUCACCAGCCACAAGCAAAGCGAACGCAAAGUGAAUCCGUUGGGAAAACCAAACAAGCGAUUUUUGGGCCGCACAAUAAACACGGCAAUUCAGCACAAUAGAAGGGAAUACGAGCGCACAAAAGCCAAUUGCCGCCAGAAACUACAGGAUCUGGAUGAUGUCUAUGAAAGGAGGAAGUCGAACUAUUUCUACAACCGCGAUGCAGGCAGAUAUCGGUGUGCGGAGAGGAGCAGGAGCAGAAGUUCCAGCAGAAGUCGCAGCAGGAGUCGCCACAAAAAGGCCAAGAAGCGGCGCAGCAGGAGGAGAAGCAGGAGCAGCAGUAGUUCUAGUCGCAGCAGAAGUCGUUCACAUCGCAGGAAGAAACACAAGAAGAAGGUCAAGAAGCACAAAAAGUCUCAACGAAGACGUCGCAGAAGCAGAAGCAGCAGUUGGGGUCAGGAAAUACCACCCACCGAUUCAACACCCAUAGUCCAACCUUCGGAAAUGUUCCUCAACCAUUCCAAGCAAAUGGCUUUGGCCGUGGCCAUGGCCUAUGGCCAAGUCUUCAAGGCGAAUAGUCAAAAGAAAGCCAAAGAACUCAAGGAACGGCCAUCUUCUCCUCUAAGCGAUAUAGUCCGGGAACUAAUGUCCGAUGAAGAACAGGACAAGUCCGAGAUGCCCGAUGCCCUGUCCAUUUCAUCCAGCGACGAAGGGGAAAAGGUUCUCACCAUUAAAGUAAGCUCGAAUUCCGAGUCUAGUGGCGAUUCCUCAAGCUCAGACUCUGACUCCGAUUCCAAGGAUAGCGCUGGCAGCUGCAUAAACCUAGAGGAAUCGGAUAACAAUAGUGAUAUAGAAAUAAUUGAGUGCCAUGAAGAGACGAAGAAAGCAACUGAACCUGAACCUGCGCUUCAACCUGAAAACGAAAAGCAACAGGUGGACGAAAGUGCCGCCCUUAACACCGUGGACCUGACUGAGGAUUAAUUAAGCUAAAAUUUAGUUAGAACAGUUUAAUAGUCGUUGACCAACAUCACAAAGAAUUUAUAUAGCUAACAAAAUAAAUACCAAAACCA